AUGAAGACCGCUUUCGCUAUCCUCACUGCCUCCAUGGCCUCCGCCAUCCUGGCCUUCCCUCUCGAUGCUCGCAGCCAGCAGUGCAACGUCGCUCCUUCAGCUGCCACCAACGCCAACAUCAAGCCCAUCUCUCAGCCUUCCGCUACUACCGCUGAAGCCUGUCUGAAGGCCUGCUCCUCCAAUACUUCUUGCAAGAGCUUCAUUUUCGGCCUCCCCGCCAAUACCAAGACUCCUACUUGCAAGCUCUAUGCUGUCUCUGCCGCUCAGGUUCCCAAUCAAGGCAGCGAGCUGUACGUCUUUGACAAGGCCUGCUCUUCCAAGGCUGUUCCCAACACCAAGCCCACUCACGAUGAGCCCCGCGGCCAAGUCAAAGGCAAGCUAGCUGCUCGUGACCAGGUCUGCAACACUGCUCCUACUGGUGCUACCAACGGCAACGUCAAGCCUUUCGCUACUCCCAGCGUCAAGACUGCCGACAAGUGCCAGGAUGCCUGCAAUGCUCAGACUGGCUGCCAGAGCUUCGUCUUUGGCCUUCCUGCCGCCGCAUCUGCACCUGUCUGCAAGCUUUACAAGGUUGCCCCCGCUCAGGUUCCCCAGAGUGAUGACGACCUUUACGUCUUUGCCAAGAGCUGCCCUGCGGCCAAGGUUCCUACUAGUGCUCCUACUCAUGAUGAGCCCCGAGGACAGCUCCCUUCUGAGCAGAAGUCCAACGACAAGGCCCAGACCAAGACUGAGCAGAACAACGCUCAGAAGAACCAGGGUAACUCUGCUGAGAAGCCCAAGACUACCGCCAAGGCCAAGGCCAACAACAACGGCGAGCAGAAGCACAACUAA